GGAGUCACAUGAUCAAUACUAACUGUUCAGCGGCCCACAGUCGCCAGGCUCUGUCCUGUAAAAUGGCCGUCGAAUACGACACCUUCAUCAGCUCUGGCAAGAAGUAAGACACACACACAAACCACAAUGACAGAAUUAGCUGAUCACGUUAAUAGCUGAAGAAUCAAAGUCAGGUUGAUUUAUUGCUAACCCUUUGGUUGUGCUUCUGCCUUGCUGUUUGGGGUUUUAGGCUGGUUAUCUGUAAAGCACUUUGUGACAACUGCAGAUGUAAAAAGCACUUUAUUAAAUAUAACUUUGAUUGACUGAUUGAUUUGAUUGAUUGACUGACUGACUGAUUGUUGUUAACCCUUCUAGGUGGUUCUGCCAUGUGGAUGAUGAUAACUACGUGAACAUACGCCCCCUUGUGAAGCUCCUGUCUCACUACAGCCACACCCACGAUGUCUACAUUGGCCGGCCUAGCCUCGACCGACCACUAGAAGCCACCGAGAGGUUUGGCAACUCCCACACGGUAAGGGACCAGGAAGUAAUGUGUUCACUAACCUAAAACUUGUUUUUCUUCUCAUUUUAACCAUUCUUUUGUUUUUGUGACUAUAUAAUAACCCAGCAAGCACAUUUGGUUCCUUGGAAGUUGUGGGAACGUAAGUAUUUGGUUUCCCAUUGGUUCUGGGAAUGAAGCCAUAUGUAUCCUGACUGGUAAAACUGAACCUUUUUUAAACGUUUUGAGAACGGAAGUUAACAUUUAGCCUGUUCUGGGAACGUACAUUUUGAGGUUGCAGGGAGGUUUUCAGAACGUUUUGCUAUGGUUCCCUGAAAGUUUUCCUGGGAGGUUUUAUUAACGUUCUGAGAACUGAAAUUAUAGGUUAUUUGAAGGUAAUUCAAAAACAUUAUGAGAACAUUCUCUAAAUGUUGUGAAUGCUUAAAGGUUAUUUGGAGGUUUUUAAAUAACUUUUUAAAAACUUUUAAUGAAUGUUUCAAUAACACUGCUAGCUUAGUUUGGGUUAACUGUUUUGAACUCCAAGCAUAGAUAGGACACAUGGAAAUGAAUUUGCUUAGGCAUUAAUCAUGCAAACCCAUUGCUUUAUUAUUUUGUGAGAAUCAAACCUAUCAUCUUCUGUUCUCUAUCCAUGGAAUUAGUCCACUGCGCCACCAAGAUGGAGUUAGCACAAGCUGAGAAUUUUAGUCUAUUCAAACAAACCCCAUUAGUGGGCACGGCCAAUACACCUGAACACACUUAACAAUAUAAAGAGAGUUUUGUUGACGCAUCGCGAGUGAGCUACAGGCAGGAAUCAGCAAUGAAUCCCAGUAAUGAGCCAUCUAUGGACAGAGAGCGAAUCGCCCAACUUAUUACUCCCACCCUAGGGAGAUUGAUUUACCCCUUGAACCCAGUGAACACCAUUGAACGCGGGGUACCAGAGGGGCAUUAAACAUGGACAAGCUUCCAACACACGUUGUGCUUCCGUGACACUCUAUAGUCUGCAUGAAUCCCGGGCCCCCUUAUGGGCAAUGGCUGACGUAGUACACCGUUUGCCGUAACAAAACGUGGGGACGCUGUUGUCACAAUAAUGUUUUUGUGGAGCGUUGCACUGCUCGCUCACACCCGUGCUAAGACCCCUCUCUCCAGGUUACCCAAGCCAGCUCCUCGGGGGCUGCUUCCUCAUCGAAGGAGCACACAAGCCGCGCUGUCUCCACUCCCUCCAACUCCAGGAAUUGAAAAUAGUAAUGGGGUUGCCAUAACGACGGGGAGCACUAGAAAGCUUCAUUCACCGGAAGUUAUGCAUGCUAGCCAACGUUAGCCAGGAGGCUCUUUAGUCUAAGCUAGGCUAGCUAGCAUCUUUGACCGCAGCACGGUCCGUUUAGAAUAACCAGGCAACUUAACGCUACGUAUACUAAACGGGAGAGCUACCCAAGCAACUCCACCGUGGGGAGGCAGGAAUAGCUAGCACGCUAUGCAGAGCUUGUUAGCUGGCCUGGUCUCGAAAGUCUAUGUAGGACCGGAUCACAGAGGUGAGACCGGCCCCUUCACCGACAAGUAAGAGAGGCAAGCGGUGCUUGACCGAGACAGAAACAGGCGGCGGGGGGUAUCCACCGAACCUGGCUGCCCUCUCUCUUCGAGUAGCCUCCCGUAACCGGUGACAGAGCGCACAGGAGCCGGGUUUAGUGCGGGCAGCCACCGCACACACCACGCCCAGGCAGACAACACAUUCGGCUCCGACCAAAGACCCAGUCUAUGUCGACGUCCCACUACUCAGACUCAGCUGAGGUAUGGGCACCCGGGAGAGGAAGUCACUAUCGGAAACACCAAACCCCCCCUAUAGAAUGCUACACGAUUGUCAAGAGAACCUGCGUGUAGACAAGCAGGGAAAACGGUGCCAGUCCUGCACAUGAACUGAUUUGAGUAAGGGCAUGCCAGAGCAUGCACCGAGCCGAGACAUACAGGUCAACAAACGUGAGUAUCUCUUUAUUCAUUUGGGCGUGGUCACGAACCCCAACCGGGCUAGCCUUCGUCGUCUAGCUCGCAUUUUUAGCCAUCUUACUCAUUGCUAUAGCCAGGCCAAGAAAUCCGAAGAGAAACUAAUUGUUUGUGAUUAGGAAACUAUGAGAACCAUACGAACUCCAGCAGACAACAUCCAGGGUGUGAGCACGCUCUACCACAAAGCGACAAUAUAGUUGGCGCAACGUAAGACAGUGUCGUCUUACAGUUGUUUGUUUUAGUAGCGUGAAUUGUUCCUGUUCACACCGAGGUGAAGAGUGGAAUAAUUGAAGGAAUAAAUCCGAGCCUCACGCUUAUCACCUGUGGAAGGCGGGGCUUCCACUGAGGCGCGGAUUUCAUUGGCCUUGUCAGGCGUGAUUUUAGAUCCUUCAACCGAAGUCACAAGAGUGCGACUCCCUAUAGUAUGUUGUACCGAAGUUGACUGACUGCAAGGGAACAUAUGGUUCUCAGAAUAUUAUGUGCUAGUUGGGUGGUUCUCAGAACGUUAUGUGCUAGCUGGGUGGUUCACAAAACGUUAUGUGCUAGUUGGGUGGUUCUCAGAACGUUAUGUGCUAGUUGGGUGGUUCUCAGAACGUUAUGUGCUAGUUGGGUGGUUCUCAGAACGCUAUGUGCUAACUGGGUGGUUCUCAGAAUGUUAUGUGCUAGUUGGGUGGUUCUCAGAACGUUAUGUACUAGUUGGGUGGUUCUCAGAACGUUAUGUGCUAACUGGGUGGUUCUCAGAACGUUAUGUGCUAACUGGGUGGUUCUCAGAACAUUAUGUGCUAGUUGGGUGGUUCUCAGAACGUUAUGCGCUAGUUGGGUGGUUCUCAGAUCGUUAUGCGCUAACUGGGAAGUUAUAUAUUGUAUUUAGAUAUAUAUGAAUAAUAUUGAAUAUGAAUGUAUGUGUGGGUUUCCAUUUAUAUUUGUAUGUAUCUGCCUAUAUAAUGUCAUACAUUUUGUUUAUUACAUGUUAGUAGUAUUGUGUGUACUAUAUAUGCAUGUUGUGUGCUUUCAGCGUCCAGUGCGUUUCUGGUUUGCCACAGGAGGGGCAGGGUUCUGUGUUAGUCGAGGUCUCGCCCUCAAGAUGAGCCCCUGGGCCAGGUGAGACUGUGUACACUAUAGUGUGUUUGUGUGUGUGUGUGUAUUUUGAGACUCACAGUGGGUUAUUCUCCUGCUUUUCUGUGAGUUAGCGUACGUAAGUGUGUUUACGUGUGUUUAUUUUGGAAGUCACAGUAGGUAGUUUCCACACAUUAUGACAUAUUCACUCUCUCUCUCUCUCUCUCUCUCCUCUCUUCUCUCUCUCUCUCUUCUCGCUCUCUCUCCUUCUCUCUCUCUCUCUCUCUCCUCUCUUCCUCUCUCUCUCUCCGGUCCUCUCUCAGUGGUAUUUCUCCCUUCUUCUCUCUCACUUACUUUCGGUACAUCAUCUCUCUAGGGGUGGGCUUUCCUCCCACUCUCUCUAUCUCUCCCUAACCUCUCACGGUCCGCUCUCUCAAUGAGGUAAUUCAUACAACAGCUGAUCGUAUUCGUCUCCCUGACGACUGUACGGUUGGUUACAUCAUCGAGGCGUUGCUAGGGGUGGGGCUUAUCCGCUCCCCACUGUUCCACUCUCACCUGGAGAACCUUCAGCUGGUGUCACAGGCAAAUACACCAAGGACACAGUAACAACACACACGAGCAGGUCACAUGCAACACCUACGAGCGCAGCCACGCAGCUAUGGCAACACUACAACAUAGUACAUGACUAUGGAUUGUAUGGACCCUGUUAAGCUUUGUGUCACAGUGCUAAAUACUAGCCAAUGGAACAUGAUAUAGUAUUGACCCUGUUAAGCUUUGUGUCACAGUGCUAAAUACUAGCCAAUGGAACAUGAUAUAGUAUUGACCCUGUUAAGCUUUGUGUCACAGUGCUAAAUACUAGCCAAUGGAACAUGAUAUAGUAUUGACCCUGUUAAGCUUUGUGUCACAGUGCUAAAUACUAGCCAAUGGAACAUGAUAUAGUAUUGACCCUGUUAUGCUUUGUGUCACAGUGCUAAAUACUAGCCAAUGGAACACAGUGCUAAAUGCUAGCCAAUGGAACACAGCGCUAAAUACUAGCCAAUGGAACACAGUGCUAAAUACUAGCCAAUGGAACAUGAUAUAGCCUACUGAAUGGAAUGUUAUUGUUUAUUGAAUACAUUCUGACAGGUGUGUGUGUGUGUGUGUGUGUGUGUGUGUGUGUAUUGCUGUUUCAGGUGACUCUGAGUUAUGGAACGUUUGAUAGUAAGAGAAACAUAAUCAGCGUAAGAGGAGCGUUCUCAUUGGACGAAGACCCUACCAGGUAAUAUAGACACACACACACACAUAGAGAUGUAUACACACACUGAUACACUCUUUUAUGUUCUAACAAGGCCAGUUUGAUAAAUAGCGUGUGUGUGUGGGUUUGUGGAUGUGUGUGUUUGCAUCUGCGUGUGUGUAUUUUGAGAGCCACAGUGGGUCGCUUCCCUACUUUGUCUAAGUGACUGUGUACGUGUGUGUGUUUGCGUGCAUACAUGCAUGUGUUUUCAAGUUGUUGUAUUAAAAGUCGCAGUAGGCAGUUUCCACGCAUUGUCAAAUUAAUUUCCCUCCUCACUUCUUCUCGCUCUCCCAUAGAAGGAGGGAGAGAGGCCCCACUCCGCUCUCUCUCUCCCUCUUCUCAUCUCUCUCCUCCCCCCUCCCUAUCUCUCUCUCUCUCUGCCCCUCUCUCUCCCCUCUCUCUUGCCCCUCUCUCUCUUCCCUCUCUCUCUCCUCUGCUCUCUCUCUCUGCCCCCCUCUCUCACUCCUCUCUGCCCCUCUCUCUCUAUCUCUCCCCCCCUCUCUCCAUCUCUCAGGUUCAGGUCUGUCCAUUGUGUCUUAUACCCAGACACUCCGUGGUGUUCAGCCCUGACCUGGUACUGAGG